AAUGUGGUGCUAUUGUAGGAUGGUUUACAUGCCUAUGUCAUAUUUAUAUGGGAAAAGGUUUGUUGGCCCAAUCACACCUCUCAUUCUGCAGUUAAGGGAAGAACUUUAUGCUCAACCUUACAAUGAAAUUAAUUGGAAGGGAGUUCGCCAUCACUGCGCGAAAGAGGAUAUCUACUACCCUCACCCUUGGAUACAGGACAUCAUGUGGGAUAGUCUCUACAUAUGUACAGAGCCUCUUCUUACUCGCUGGCCGUUUAACAAGUUGAUCAGAGAAAAAGCUCUUCAAGUAACAAUGAAGCAUAUUCAUUAUGAAGAUGAAAACAGCAGAUAUAUUACCAUUGGAUGUGUGGAAAAGGUUUUAUGUAUGCUUGCUUGUUGGGCUGAAGAUCCAAAUGGAGACUAUUUUAAGAAGCAUCUUGCUAGGAUCCCAGAUUAUUUAUGGGUUGCUGAAGAUGGGAUGAAGAUGCAGAGUUUUGGUAGUCAAGAGUGGGAUACUGGGUUUGCAAUUCAAGCUUUGCUUGCUAGCAAUCUCACUGAUGAAAUUGGACCUACGCUGGCUAGAGGACAUGACUUCAUCAAGAAAUCUCAGGUCAAGGACAAUCCAUCUGGUGACUUCAAAAGCAUGUACCGCCAUAUUUCCAAGGGAUCAUGGACUUUCUCUGAUCAAGACCAUGGAUGGCAAGUUUCUGAUUGCACUGCAGAGGGUUUAAAGUGUUGCCUGCUGUUCUCGAUGAUGCGACCAGAUAUAGUUGGUGAAAAAAUGGAACCUGAGCGAUUAUAUGAUUCUGUCAAUGUCCUACUUUCCCUUCAGAGUAAAAAUGGUGGUUUGGCAGCCUGGGAACCAGCAGGAGCUGCAGAUUGGUUAGAAAUGUUAAAUCCCACUGAAUUCUUCGCGGACAUUGUGGUUGAGCAUGAAUAUGUUGAAUGCACUUCAUCUGCAAUUCAGGCUUUGGUUCUGUUUAAGAAGUUGUACCCUGGGCACAGAAAGAAAGAGAUUGAUAAUUUCAUUACCAAUGCUACGCAGUACCUUGAAAGUAUACAAAUGCCAGAUGGUUCAUGGUAUGGAAAUUGGGGAGUUUGCUUCACAUAUGGUUCCUGGUUUGCCCUUGGAGGGUUAGCAGCUGCCGGCAAGACUUUCAUUAAUUGUUUAGCCAUGCGCAAAGGGGUUAACUUUCUACUCAAAACACAGAGAGAGAAUGGUGGUUGGGGAGAGAGCUACCUUUCAUGUCCCAAAAAGGAGUACGUUCCGCUCGAAGGAAACCGAUCAAAUUUAGUACACACUGGAUGGGCUAUGAUGGGUCUGAUUCAUGCUGGACAGGCAGACAGAGACCCUGCACCUCUUCAUCGUGCGGCGAAGUUGAUUAUCAAUUCUCAAAUGGAAAAUGGGGAUUUUCCCCAACAGGAAAUUACGGGAGUGUUCAUGAAGAACUGCAUGCUACAUUAUGCAGCUUACAGAAAUAUCUACCCUCUGUGGGCUCUUGCAGAGUACCGCAAGUGCGUCUCAUUGCCUUCCCAAGCCUAAAUGUUGUAUUGUGCAGCUCAUCCAACUUAAAGGAUGCAACAUAUAUAUAAAAGCCAAUUGUUGGAAUUCCUUUUUAUGAGUCUCAGCUUGAUGCCUAGUGAGAAUAUCUGUGUAUACCCAAUGUGUCAAUAAAUCAAUGAGAAAGUUAAUUACCUAUA